AAUUUCACUUCUAAUAGCGUUACAACUUGCGCCUUCGACUAGCAAGCUAACCGGCUCCUUUUUCUCCAUUGUAUAACGAAAUGUCCGAGUUUUAUUUUAUUUUAUAUAUAAUAUAAAACGUGUAACGACUAGGCUAUGUGUAUAAAAACCCAAUUUAUUUAUUACCAUAUGGGUUUAAUGGUUUGUAUUAAGCUGAACUACCAUGCUAGCUCUAUGUGUUUGUGUAUGUGGGAGUGCUUAGUGUACUUCCGUUUGUUUUUAGCCCUUCAGCUCACCGCGAAUACAGCCCGGUUUAGUGGAUUUCUCUUUUAAGAGGCUCAAUGGUUACACUAGACUUCGAAACCGGACAUUUCCAAAAUGGAUGAUGUUAUUUCACUCAGUUCGGGAAGUGAAGCGGACUCGGAUAUUGAGUUUGUGAGUAGUUCCAGAGAUGACAGUUCCAGCGGCUUUCCGUUUAUCAGAGCCGAGCUGCUGCCUGUUACACCUGUUCUUAUCGAUAUCACGGAUCACCCAUUUUCAUCAGAUGAACCAAGACUUUCACAAAGACUGAAGAAACUACCGUGUUCCACUAUAGAAUUCAUCGAUCUGAGUAGCGUUUCGAAAUCACGUGUCGGCAUCACCGGAAAGGUGCAGUCGUCUUUUACAGUGAAUCCUGAGAAAGACGUGAUUUGUUUGGAGUCCGGUGACGGGAAAAAAGACCCUCAGUCUCCCGUUCCUGUGUCACGUGACCAGGAGAAGUAUUACCAGAACCAACACAAUGGAGUUCAGUCAUGUUUACAAGACAGAAGGUCGGUUUCUCACAACUCAAGUCCGAAGGAUAUUUCACUCGCUAUUCAGUCUUUUGGAUAUCAGGAGUUUUUUGAAGCACAGAACACUAAUCAGAUUAAUCAGCAAUCGUCAGCACCUGCUGAGAAGGACCUCGACCAUGACAAAAGAUCAGAAUCUCCACACAGCUGGCUGAACGAAGCGCUCUCGCCGUUUUGCCUCGACAGUCCGUAUUACUGCCCGAGUGAAAUAGACGAAGCCGUGUUCUCGGAUGAAUCCCUCAUCCUUUAUGACGAUGGCCAGAAAUACACGACGUGCCCCCUUGAAUCCCCUUUUGAGUUUGGGAAAAGUGAAGAAGCGCAAGAAAAACUGCACACAUUAUCAUGUCAAACACAGCUCACCCCUCAGACCCUGCCUACCUCAGAACGACCACCUGAGCACCCCAGUCCUACCUCUACAGAGCUCCUCGCCGGCGAUUCUCCAAAAACAGGAUCUGAUCUGGACAUAGAGAGUCCACUCAUCAGUCCUUCAAAGUCCUCUUACACUCUCAGUUCACCAUUACACUUGGUGUCAGAUAUUGAAGAUUCAGUGUUACAGGUGAGUGGUGAGGAUGAUGGUGACGACGAGGAUCGGUCUGAAUUCCACGCAGAAGAUGGACAGCAGAUUUCUCUGGGCCAGUUCAAGAAGUUAAAGCAUUUAUUAGGGGGACGACGAGUUCAGGAUGCGCACACAGCUGAUGAGGACAACAAACAAUUCGGCAUGGCCGAGCCUCUGUGUAGGCAGAGCCUGAGUCUGGUCUACAGCACCAUCGAAGAAAACUACACCGAGGGCACUUUACAGCUUCUUUCGGACCUGAUCCAGCCUUGUUAUUACCCCCCUGAUAAUAUCCUCUCUCACCUCCUAAGAGGAAUCCUGCUGGAGCCACGCUGCUCUCAAGUGCAGGCACUGGAAGCCUACAACCUGCUGAUGAGGACGCAGAGAUACCAUCCUGCAGACACGACGACUAUCCCGUGGGACUGGCAGCUGCUAUCAUCAGCGAUGUCUGAACAGGACGAGUCGAGGAGGCUACGCAGUGAAGUGCGAUGUCUGCUGCUUCAGUACGUGCUACAGGUUUUAGAAGACGACUUCCAGUUCAAGCUCCUAAAGCUGCAGCUUCCCAUCUCAAUCGCUAACCAAAUGUUUUCGUGUGAUUACAGGAUGAGCCAGGUCAGGGAACUCGUGACCUGGCUUUUAGAUACAGCUAAACAGUCGUUCUGUACUUCCGAGGAUGAAGUUAUUCAAAAAAAGGAGCGGGACUGCUGUCUUAAGAUGCUGCUAAUUCUGCAGAGGAUGCUCUUAUUGGCGAUGGAGGUGGACCUCAGGCCCACCUGCAGCUCCAGUAAGCUCUCGGAGGAGCUGUGUAACAUCCUGAACAGCAUGGCGCCGUGCCGGCGGCUCAGGAUUUUGUUGUUGAGCACACUGCAGAGCAACCUGCUAAGGUGUAAGAUGGUGGAGCUGCUGCUGGACCGGUCCUCCUCUCAGAAGAGAGUGUUGCCGAUGUCCUUUAAUCUGCUGCUGCACUUCCUGCGCACAUCCACGCCGGCACUGGACCCUUCGGAUGGCACGGAGAGAUGGAGAAGGUGGGAUGAGCUCCUGCAGCUUGUGUGGAUGCUCAUGAUCAGCUAUCAAGAAGUAAUAACGGGUCAUCUCCGCUACUCCAUUACGGAGCGCUUUAAGCUGAACCGCACUCCCAUGUGGACGCAGAACGACCAGGUGACCCGAGCUGCAGUCCAAGAAGCGGGCGAGGCGUUCCUGUCCCGUGCCGUAGAAGAUCUCGGCCACGAUCUCCCCUCACAAAUCCAAGAGUCGUUAUCCCAGCUGCAGGAACACUUACUGAGCAUCUCUGUGCAAUAAAGAACCAAAAAUCAACGUGUACAUAUGAAAAAUAUGAAGAUAUGAGAUUAUUUUUUGGAGAUAUUGUAUUAUAAUUUUAUAAUGAAUUCUAUAUGAAGUAUUUGUGAGUCAUUCUGUUAUUUAAAUUGCUGAAUUCGAUGGAAAUAAAAUGCUUUUGUAUUGAGAUAA